AUGGAUCAUUUACUUAAUGAAGCCAAUGAAGCAGGCCUGAGUCCUGGAAAAAUGUAUAUUUUGCCUUCUUCAUUUGCAGGAAGCCCCAGAAACAUGCCACAAAAUUAUCAAGAUGCUAUGGCAAUUGUCAGAAAAUAUGGAAAACCUAAUCUUUUUAUUACAAUGACAUGCAAUCCCAAAUGGGAAGAUACUGUAAAUAACCUACAACAUGGUCAAACUGUUGAUGGACAACCACAUUUAGUUGCAAGAGUAUUUCACCUAAAUCUGAAAGCUCUAAUCGAUGAUAUCUGUAAAAAACAUAUUUUUGGAUUCCUAAAAGCAAUGGUCUACGUGCUACAAUUUCAAAAGAGAGGCUUACCACAUGCUCACAUACUUCUCAUUCUUAAAGAAAGCUGUAAACCAAAAAAUGAAGAACUGAUAGAUAAAAUUGUCUCUGCUGAAAUCCCUAAUAUAGAAAUCACUCCUCGUUUACAUGCAAUUGUAACAAAACAUAUGAUUCAUGGACCAUGUGGAGCACUCAAUCCUAAUUCUCCAUGUAUGACAAAUGACAAAUGCUCUAAGGAUUUUCCGAAGGAAUUCCAAAUAAAAACUGUUGCUAACAGCAAUGGCUAUCCAAAGUACAAGAGAAGAAAUACAGGGCAAAGUAUAAUUCUUAAUGGAAAGAAAAUUGAUAACAGUUGGGUUGUACCAUAUAAUCCUUACCUAGCCUUGAAGUACAAUUGCUACAUUAAUGUUGAAGUUUGCGCAUCAGUGAAAAGCAUCAAAUACCUUUUUAAAUAUGUGUACAAAGGUCAUGAUUAUGCUAAUGUUGUUAUUCAAGAGCAAUGUGCAAUAUCAUUUGAAGAUCUGAGGAUAGUACAUGGAAAUGUCUAUCCCACUUUCCGAGAGGGCGCCAAAGCUAAAGGGCUUAUUAACGAUGAUCAAGUGUGGGAGAACACUAUGGAAGAUGCUGUACAAUUCUUAAUGCCUAAACAACUUAGGGAAUUAUUUGCAUAUAUCUGCGUUUUUGCAUCAUUACAAAAUAUGAAUGACCUUAUCCUAAAAUAUGACCAAUACCUCAUUGAAGAUUUAGUUCACAAACAUCAACAACACAAUGAUGAUUGCACAAUAUGUCGGAUAUUUCUUUAA